AAAGUGAUGAUGCCACACUGCCAGAUGGGGUUUCCCUAUUGAUACUUUACAGUGACAUCAUGCUGGGGGCUUUUUACAUGGAUCUGUAUGGAGAAAUGUUCAGCUGUUGCCAUGAGAGAUGCUGCUGCUCCUGGUGGUUGCCCUCCUGCUGCUCUUCUGCAGUCUGGAUGUGUGGUACUUCCUUCGGGGGGUGCAGGUGUUUUUGGAGGCCUGCUUUCAGCCUGGUGUCUCUGACAUUUUAGCCCAACAAACCGUGGAUGGCCUGGUCACUACUCAUGACUUGGACUACUUGGGUCACAUGAACAACUCCCGAUACUUGAGGGAGUGUGACUUUGCAAGAUUUCACCAUUAUGUAAGAAAUGGCUUCUUCACUGCGUCGCGUAAACUAGGGGCCAAAAUGGUGGUAGGGGCCUCUACUAUAAGGUAUAGGCGAUCCUUGAAUUUUCGUGAAGCCUUUUCGAUCCGGACCAAAGUGCUGGGUUGGGACGAUAAGGCGUUUUACUUGGAGCAGCGGUUCGUUUCCAAAAAGGAUGGCUUUGUGUCAGCCAUAAUGCUCUGCAGGCAGAAUGUGGUGAGCAGCAGUCCAGAGGAGAUUAUUGAGUAUGUCUGCAAGAAAAAGAUUGAAUGUCCUGAGUUUCCUGAGGACCUUAAACAUUGGAUCAACUAUAUUACAGCCAGCAGCCAGGCCCUGAGAGCAGAGAGUGGACUGGAGAACAAAAACAAGUGACACUGCUACUGUUUGAGACCUUAAAGUAGUAUUACCUUAUUAUUUCUGGCACGCACAUGUAGAUGCACAAACAAUAGAGUCUUUAUUUAUUCCUCUGAGAAAAUCCUGCUGACAAUGUAUUUUUCUAUUUUAUGAUAUGGGAGCAGAAGGGUACAUUAUUGAGUUAUAUUCAAGAAGGUAUUCUUGUAGGUUGCACUGUUCUUGACCAGCUUUAGACUCUCAAUAGUUUUAGCAGCAUGUAAAAACGUAUCAAGUCCAUCUACAUCAGUGCAUGUUUUGAAAUAUUUUGUGCCUGACUACUAUCUUUAGUUUAGGGGCUUAUAAGUAACACAUUACAUUUUACCAACAGCUACCGUAGUCAUUAUAAGAAAACGAAUACUUGAAAACUACUAUAAUAGUAUAAGUGGUGAGACAGCUAUUUUAUCUUGACUGUCAGAAGUUUGCACAACAUAGAAGAUUAUUCAAAAUGGACUGAUACUUGAGCCAGUUUAUUUUUUGCAUAAGUUUAGAUUUUUAAAGGGUGGGUCGCUUCCUAUUUUCUGCAUGUAAAGAGCUUGUUAGAUGAAGAGAAAUAUAUCAGCACUGAAAUCCUUCCCUUUAAUGCAUCAAAACUUAAGUUGAUGACCAAAGUAAUGUAUGUUUAUGUUAAAGAUGUCGUGUCGUAAUGUUAUUUAUCAACAGCACUUAACAUUUCUUGUCAUGUCAUCCUAAAUUAUUCAUAAUUUAUUGAGAUGUUUUAUGUAUCAUAGCAGCUAUAGGAUGUCUUGUGUUUAUUAUCAAUAUGCAUUUCAAAAUAAAUGCAUUCUGACAACA